AUGGAUAGUCUACUGGCGCCAAUUCAAGAUGCUCUGGAGGGUCAAAUCGACUUCCAGGGCCAGCGUAUUGCAGAGCUUCUUAGUACGGUGCUUCUUGUUCUGUCGGGUGCCGUUGCUUUCAUUGUUGGAUACAUCUUCCAGGAUAUCCAUCUAACACUCUGGGUCGGAUUGGCCGGCACGUUAAUAACUGGGUUGGCCGUGAUUCCGCCUUGGCCUAUGUACAAUAAGAAUCCCGAGAAAUGGCUUGUUCCCUUUACGACGGGCGUGGGAGGUGGUGCAGGUAUUGUGGUAGAUGGAGUUAAGGUUGCGUGA